AUGAGGUUGGCUGUCUCCAUGUGCGCGCUGCCUCACAUCUCGUGUCUGUGCUCGUGUCCUGCCUCGUUCAUCAUCGCCUCCAUACAUGUAAUAAUACUUGCUUGUCCUCUGCAAGCUCGCAUUUCGCUCCGUCCCAGCAGCGAUCGAUCCAGACCGUCAAGGUUCCCUUCGACUCAUAAACAGGCUCGUUCAUCCCGCGGCUUGGCAACAGAGAGAGGCCUCGAGGCACCGACCGACGAACCAGGGGGUUACCAAGGAGCUGCUGGAUCGAGCAGGGGGGAGGACAAGUGUAAUUUGGCGGCCUGUUGCAUGGUGCUGAAGGGCCUGUAA